UAGAGUAUUGGCGCUUCGGUGGGAGCGACAGUCAAGCAUCAGUUGUAGUUUUACGAACUGCUCCAGCAUCACCAUGGGCAAAGUACCAGGAAUUGGCAUCGAUUUGGGCACCACGUAUUCGUGUGUGGGGGUGUGGCAGCAUGGCAAAGUGGAGAUCAUCGCCAACGACCAAGGCAACAGAACCACCCCCAGCUAUGUGGCCUUCACCGACACCGAGCGGCUCAUCGGAGACGCCGCCAAAAGUCAGGUUGCGAUGAACCCCAAAAACACCGUCUUCGACGCCAAACGCCUAAUCGGCCGCAAAUUCGACGACACCAAAAUCCAAGAAGACAUGAAACACUGGCCAUUCACCGUAAUCAACGACGGUGGCAAACCAAAAAUCCAAGUCGAGUACAAGGGCGAAAUAAAAAAGUUUGCACCGGAAGAAAUCAGUUCGAUGGUUUUGACCAAAAUGAAGGAAAUUGCGGACACGUAUUUAGGCGCAAAAGUCAACGAAGCUGUUAUCACAGUUCCUGCCUACUUCAACGACUCGCAAAGACAGGCCACUAAGGACGCUGGGGCCAUAGCUGGGCUGAACGUCCUGCGGAUUAUUAACGAACCGACGGCUGCGGCCCUCGCCUACGGGCUGGAUAAAAACUUGAAAGGGGAAAAAAACGUUCUGAUUUUUGAUCUCGGGGGUGGAACGUUCGACGUGUCUAUUCUUUCAAUAGACGAAGGGUCGCUGUUUGAAGUUAAAUCAACGGCCGGCGACACGCAUUUAGGCGGCGAAGAUUUCGAUAAUCGCCUAGUCAACCAUUUCAUCCAAGAAUUCAAACGCAAACACCACAAGGACUUGAGCAGCAACACCAGAGCGGUCCGCCGGCUGCGAACUGCGUGCGAAAGAGCCAAAAGGACACUGUCUUCAAGUGCCGAAGCCAGUAUUGAAAUCGACGCCCUGCAUGAAGGCAUCGAUUUCUACUCCAAAGUCAGCAGAGCCCGCUUUGAAGAAAUGUGCAUGGAUUAUUUCAGAUCGACACUUCAGCCGGUUGAAAGAGCCUUGGCUGACGCCAAGCUGGACAAGGGCGCAAUUCACGACAUUGUCCUAGUCGGGGGUUCCACCCGUAUCCCGAAAAUCCAGAAAAUGUUGCAGGAUUUUUUCUGCGGGAAACCGCUCAACCUUUCAAUCAACCCGGACGAGGCCGUAGCCUAUGGAGCGGCCGUCCAAGCUGCGAUCUUAACCGGAGACACCAGCUCGCAAAUUCAGGACGUCUUGUUAGUCGAUGUUGCCCCACUGUCUCUAGGGAUUGAAACAGCGGGCGGUGUCAUGACCAAAAUUGUUGAACGAAAUUCACGAAUUCCGUGCAAACAACAGCAAACUUUCACCACGUAUUCUGAUAAUCAGAACGCUGUCACUAUCCAGGUGUUUGAAGGAGAACGGGCUAUGACUAAGGACAAUAAUCUCCUGGGCACUUUCAACCUGACUGGGAUCCCCCCAGCACCUCGUGGUGUCCCAAAAAUCGAAGUAACGUUCGAUUUGGAUGCCAAUGGCAUUCUGAACGUUUCAGCAAAGGACACAAGCACCGGGAAGUCCGAACGAAUCACAAUUACGAACGACAAAGGCCGUUUGUCUAAGGCUGACAUUGACAAAAUGCUGGCAGAGGCGGAGAAAUACAAAGCUGAGGAUGAUAAACAGAAGGAACGAAUUGCUGCGCGAAACCAACUGGAGGGUUACAUUUUUAGUGUCAAACAGGCCGGUGAGGACGCCCCAGCUGAUAAACUGACAGAAGAUGAUAAGAAAAUUAUCAGAGAGAAGUGCUCCGCUGCCUUGAGUUGGUUGGACUCGAACCAAUUGGCCGAGAAGGAAGAAUUUGAGGAUAAGUUGAAAGAGUUGCAAAAGGAUUGCUCCCCGAUUAUGAUGAAACUGCACCAAGGAGCGCAAGGAGGUGCAGCUCCCGGUGCCAAAGGCCCCACGGUUGAAGAAGUAGACUAAUUGCUCGUUUGCAUUUAUGGCUUGUUUAAUUAAAAUUUUAAUAAACGAACUUUGCAAUUUU